GCGGCGGUUGUCAUGGAGCGAGUUUGAACCGCAGCGCUUCACCAAGUCCCCCACUGCGGGGACCCUCAGGAGCCCUCAGUUCCAGCUGGAAGUAAUUGCUGCCAGCUGCUUGGGAGUGUGAAAGAAGAAUGUAAGCUGUAUCUAGUACAUCAGAAAAUGUGACUAUAUCCCCCACUUUGCUUCCAGCCUGUACCACUACAAAAAGCAUGUUCUCAAAAUUACUUCCACAACAGAGGCCAGUUUACAGGUGACACUGGAUUUUUAGUAUCCUUCUAUUCUAUUCAAUGUGAUGGGACCAAGUAAACCAGCCACAUUCUAUGAUCCAUUUGCAUCCAGUAUCCAAGCAGAAAAGAAUGAAGCGAGAACUCUCCAGACACAGCUCCAGUUUAAUAGGAACGUUCCUGCAGCUCCAGAGAACUUAGCUGUCAGAUUCUCCAGCCCUCGUCCAAUUAUAAUAGAAAAGUUGAAGCCACCUGAUGGUCAGAGAGAUCUAGGUGGUGGUGAUGACACCAAUUUAAGAAGUUCUGUCACAUUUUCAGUCAUAUCUGAAGAGAAAUUAAAAUUGGCCAUCCAGUUAGCCAAAAGGGAUGUAAAACGAAGACACCUGGAAGAACAAGUGAAAGAAGCUGAAAAUAAAUCAGUGUUCCCCCAGACAUCUGAGCAAUGUAAGAGAGAAGUAUCUGAAAAUCCUGCAGAGAGGAGUACAUCAAAGUCUCGGACAUGCUUGAAAUAUCAUCAGCAACUUGGUCAACCCUCCAAAAUGGAGAUUACCAACUCUGGUGCAAAAGUGUAUCUCUACACUCCAAAUCAGGGCAAGUUAAAGCCACCUGUUUCAGAUUCUCCACCCACCCAUGAUCCAGGACCAGGGCCCAAGCCAAGACUGAAAAAAAUUGAAGAUAAAAGUACACAGGAAGUCAGACGACUGCAAAAAGAACUGAGAUGUUGCAUCCAGAAAAUUGAAGAACUGGCUAAAAAAGAGAGAUGUGAAGAAAUCUUGGAUCCUGAUGAAGAACGACGAGUUCGCAUUAGGAGGCAGGAGCAAGCUGCGCGGUCUGCUCGGAUGCUGUAUGUCCUCCAGCAACAGGUAAAAGAAAUUCAGGAAGACUUGGAGAAGCUGAGUCCUCAUAAAAUCAAACACACGAAGAAGUCUCGAGCCAUGUCCAGAGUGGCUGCUGCCCACAGAGGAGCCAUUCGUGCCUUGCAGGUGUUUGCCACUCAAUUUACUGAUCAAUCAGAGCAGCAGGUUCCUGCCCAUUACAAGGAGUUGGGCAAUCUCAUUCGACAACUCUCUCUAUGUUCUGCCAAAUUAGAAAUGGAUUCUUCUGUUCCUGACAUCAUCAUAGACAUUCUGCUACAAAUUGAGGAUUUGGAUUCUCUGCUGGAGAAGAAACGAUCACCCAAAAAAGUGAAGAAAUGUCUCUCGGCAUCUCAGGGAAAAUCUCCAGUGAGCAGCGAGAUGUUUCCAGCCAGAGAGCAGAUUGCAUCUCCAAAAAAAGAGAAGAAACCACCCAUCUCAAAGGAGCGACUUGGACAAGAACAGAAAAAACCUUCAGUAGCUAGGAAACUCCUGACUGAUGAAGAUCAACAUACUGCAAAUAUUCCAUUGGCACAGAAGCUAAGCAGUCAUGCUGAUUUAUCAGAUCAAGAAUUCCAGCAAGAGCAUGACCCACACACCUCAGACAGAUAUGCAGUUUUAAAAACAAGUCAGGAUGCAUUGAUGAGAGCUGGAGCUGUGAAAAAAGCCCCUGUGCUUGAAAGUGGACCUUUGAGGAAGAAAGGUGUAUUAUUACCUGCCAAACAGGGAAUCCGUAAGCUUUCAAGAUCGAGACCUGUGCAGCCUCAGGCAAAACAUGCCCGGUUUCAAGAGACCACUGUAGCUUUCAGGCUAAAAGAGAGCAAACCACUUGUUAAGGAGAGUAGACUACCUUGGGUACCUCCAAAUCCUACAUCGCCACCUGCUUCACCUAAACGUGCUCCUUGGGGAUACAUGAAUGCUAGUCCCAAAGCUUCCAGCAGAGAACAGUCAGCUUUGCAGAAAGAGGGAACUGAAGAAGGACGAUUAGGAGCCAUUGAAAAAGAAGCUCUCAGACUAGCUUGGCUUGAUGCAGAAACUUCAAGAAGAACGAAGGAACUAACGGAAUUUAGCAGAGAAGAAAUGGAGAAAAUACAAAAAUUGAGGUUAGAAGGUGCUUCUCCUACACAGCUGGCAGACAAGGUGGAGAAAGCAGUUCGGGAGCGUUUGGAACCUCUCUUGGAUAAAGCACAGAAAGUCAAUCUUUCUUUGGAAACAAACACUCAUUUGAAGGAUUCUUCGUUUAUAAACAAACUGUCAUCCCAGGCUGCUGAAAAAGCUGCAUCCAAUGCAGAUAUGCUGAGUGAGAAGUUAUUGGAUGAUCUUUUGGAAGAUACAGCUCAGGAACUCUGGAAUAUUGAGCAACACAAGAAGAUGCAAGCUGAGGCUGUAGCCAUGCAUGACAGUCCUAGUCUGGAAACAAUGCUGCAAAGAAUGGAAGAAAUCGAAAGAUACCAAGAUGUGGUUCGCAGGAGAUUUAAUCAGAUUGUCUAUGCUGAUUCGGAGUUCUGGGCACAGGAAGAGAAAAGGGAAAGAGAAAAUGCAUCAAUAGAGAAAAGGCUUGUGUCUCCUCAUCCAAUCCAAAUAACCAAAUUGAUAGGACACAAAGAGUCACAAGUGGAUAUUGUAUUUGAAAGACCUUUUGAUGGAAAUGCUAUUGAAGAAGAUGGGGAGGUGGAAGAGAAAUUGGAGACUGGAAAUGACAUUUGGCAGCCCUUGACUCGCAAUAUAUCUCAGCAGAAGGAGCGCUGCAUUUUUCUCUCUGUUCCAAAGCGUAUGCUCCAGAACAUUCUUGAUUAUAACAAUAGAUAUGAGCAGCACCUGAAACUUAUUUCUCAUGAGGCAGUAGGGCACUUCAAUCCAUGGCGCAUUGCUGAGAGCCUUGCAGAAGAACUGACAGAAGAAGCCUUAUGUGAUGUGGCAGCAGAGCUGCAGGAUGUAUGUGAGGAUUAUGCAGAAGUUGUGUUCACUUCUGAGUUCUUGCAGCCCACAGAGUAAACGCUUUUAAAUCUGCCAUCAGCUAAUGGAAUGUCAAAUCCCAGCCUACCAAGCAUAUUGGGUGCUUAGGUUUUUUUUCAGUAUCUUUUUUCUUACUGAGCACAUGGAAGAACUUGCUCCAUGUAUGGAUGAAAUUCGGAAGGGAUUCAUCUUGGGGUUUUUAAAAAUUAUAAUAAAGAUGCUUUCCUUUUUAGAUUUCAGUGUAAUAAAGGUGCUGAAAAAAUGUUUGACUAUAAAAGAAGUAAACAUUUAACAAUAAAGUUUACAUGUGUGUGCAGAGCCAUUAUCAAUUCUUCUGUACAUCUGUGAUUAGUUCACUCUUGUGUGAUCUAGUGGUACGAGUAAAGCACUGGAAGUUAACAGAUCUGGGGACGGAACCCAGAACUCUCAGUGAUUUGGGCAAGUCACUUAACCACUCCAUGCCUUACUUUCCUCCUUUGUAAUGCUCCUUAUUUACCUCACCGGAGCGUUGUGGAGCUUAAUCAAUCAAUUGUUCAGAAUGCACUUUGAGCUCCUCUGAAAGGUGCGCUGGAAAUACAAAGUAUUAUUUCAUAUGCGUCUAAAACCCAAAUUGAAAAUGCUGAUGCGAAAGAGUAAAUGCUGUUUGAUUUGCCUUCAGUGUUUCCAGUAUCACACAAGAAAGAUGCUGUUUAUUUUGUCUGACAACUGCAUUAACAUUCACAGUCUUGUUAGCUGGUUUUUGGACUAGAUGCAAUAAUCCAGAAGGGUGAUCCUCAUGUCACAGCAUUAAGUGGGUAUUUUGAACAAUAGCUAGAAAUGGCUCAAUUUAUUUGCAAGAAAGCUUGUGCUGCUGUACUAUUGCAACCCUCUUGAAUAUUUUAAAGCACUAUGCAUAUCUGCAUUAACAUUUAACAGUCCAUACAAACAAGACUUUUUUAUUUUUUUAAGAAAAAAGUUAUUGGUACAGGAUUUUCUUCCGUUCCCCCCCCCCCCCUUUUUUAAUACUAGCCUAAAACAAUACCAUUCAUCUAACAGCAGCUCCAUUUAAAGACCCAAUCCUGCACUCUUUAUUCACUUAAAAUGCCCAUUAAAGUCAAUAAGAAUUAUGCGUAAACAAGGAAUGCGGGAUUCAGCUCCAAAAUUGUGACAUCAAACCAUCUAGGGCAUUCCAGCGUCUUCCUUACUUCUCAUAGUUGUUCUUAGUGUUGUGGGGGUAUGGUGUGUAUGAUAUGUACCUGAAUACUUUAGACUCAGUCGCAGGUUAGGGAUGGAGUGUGAGACUUGUAAAAUGUCCUUGCUUUUAUUGAUUUGUGUUGAGAUGGUAUUGCACAGAAGUGUGGCUUAUCCCCAUAUUUUUAUUGUGCAAUAAAAAUAAAUAGAAUA